ACUAUAUUUUUUGUCAGGCGGCUCCGCGGUCACCUUUGCUCCGCGGUGAUUGGCCUGCAGCGGGGUCCUCGUGUUUGUCCAAUAUGGCGGCGCCCACUGGCGGUGUGAACUGUGAGGAGUUCGCCGAGUUCCAGGAAUUACUCAAGGUGAUGAGGACAAUUGAUGACAGAAUAGUACAUGAAUUAAACACUACGGUCCCAACAGCUUCCUUUGCAGGGAAAAUUGAUGCCAGCCAAACCUGUAAACAACUUUAUGAGUCUUUGAUGGCAGCUCAUGCCAGUAGAGACAGAGUCAUAAAAAAUUGUAUAGCCCAGACUUCAGCAGUAGUAAAAAACCUCCGAGAAGAGAGAGAAAAGAAUUUGGAUGAUUUAACGUUAUUAAAGCAACUUAGAAAAGAGCAGACAAAGUUGAAAUGGAUGCAGUCAGAACUGAAUGUUGAAGAAGUGGUAAAUGACAGGAGCUGGAAGGUGUUUAAUGAACGCUGCCGAAUUCACUUCAAGCCUCCAAAGAAUGAAUAAAGAGAGAUUCUUUUUUUUUUUUUUUUUUUAAGGACUGGGUCAUCUCAUAAGAGCUAAGCAUGACAGAUAUCAACAGGGCGGGCUUUCUAGGAUGAUUUCUGAGCCAACAGUCCAAGACCUUUUGUUGAUUUCAGCCCCACUUAGCCAAGACCUCAAGUAUAAAUAAUUCUGAUAAUUAUGGAGAAAUCAACUGCUAUUUUAUACUGAUUCUGUAAAAAAAAAAAAAAAAGUUUUGUAACUAUUAAAAUAAUUUUCUGACUCAGUGUA